AUGGAUCGUUUUGUUUUUCUCGAGUGCUCAUUCAAGCAAUUAGCGGAGGGAAAGUAUACUGUGGGAACAUUGGGAAAGUUAGCUUCGGACUUGGAUAGAGAUGCCGAACUCAAUCCAAAAUUCUUCUAUUCCAUAAAAGGUGGCAAAUGGGUGAAAUAUUUGGAUUUAAAGUUCAACAUAUGCGAUGGUUUACACGCUUUACUCUCGCUGCCCUUAGCCAAUACAAUUAAGAAUGAUGUAUUGGAAGUGAGCAACAUUCCAAAUAAGUGUCCCAUUAAGGGGAACUUUAUGUAUAAUAUUUCAAACGUUUUAAUUACCAACAAAUAUUUUCCCUCAUAUACACCAAGGGAAAUGGAUUUUAAUGGCUCCCUCACCUAUUUGGAACACCAAAAAGAAUUUGCCAUUCUAUGGUUUGAAGGACGCACCAUACCCUUAUAA